AACGAGCAGAACAAGGCAUAAAAGUUAUAUAUAGUUUUGCCACACAAGUGACUUUUGUUGUGUUGGCAGCUCACUCACAAGGCCACACACCCAAGGAUAACAUUGUGCCCUGGAAAGUACACUUUGUGUUUUCAGUGAGUCUAGGGUAGGAUAUUGUGGCCUCUAGUUUAAGUGAGCAGUUUUGCAAUGGUGCUGGGAGAACUCUAUGCUUCGCUACAGUUAUGGACGUCAGGUCAGAAGUAGUGUCGUUUGUUAGCGUUACAAAGAGGAAUAUGCUGUCAUGCAAUAAUACAUCAGCUCUGGUCCUGCUGUUUGGCACUAAAGCCAUGUGGAAGCACAUUUACCCGUGUUUAGGGCAAGCAAAAGUGCUUUCAGUGAGUAUGGGCACUAUUCAGAGCCCCUACGACAACAACACAAAUGUGCUUACGACAAUGGAAUUUACCCUACAGUCGAUGCUGGCUCCAAAAUCAAGUAACAGCUGUAGGCAUCCCACAUCUCCAGCUACACAUGACUUCAUGAGUGGAGUGAAACCUGCAAAAGUUAACCAACACAAAAUUACGCAGUGGGAGCAGUACCAACAGAAGAGCUACACAGGACUCCCUCCUUCCAUUCCCAUGAUCCUCAUCGUUAUCAUUUGCCAUUACAGCCAGGUGUAGCAGUGUGGGGGGACCCCUUACAGAGUGCAUGGCAGCCUCUGCACCAUGUUGAAUCAGGGCAGCCAAUGUUUGCAAGCACUUAAGAGAUGGAAUAUCAUCAUCAACUGGAGUUCCACCUUUGUUUUGAACCUUUCUAAGAGGAGCCUCAACUAUGAUCUUUAGGAGCGACGUAUGAUGGGCGGUUAGUACAUUCAGCACUGGCCCCAUCUUAGAACCCGGCAGCAGCUCUCGUAGUGCAUCUUCAUCAGCAAGAGCAGCAGAGUAGAUGAGAGGGUAGAAGCCAUCAUCAUCAUCAUCAUUAUCAGUGGUCAUGGAAUCCAAAAGACCUUCCUUGAACUUGUGCACAUCCUCAAGUACAGAGAAUUUCACAUCAGAAUCAAACAUA